GUGUCUCUCCCGGGAAGCGCGAGGCCGAGUUGUGCGAUGAUGGAGGACUUUGAUGAGAUCUACGAAGAGGAGGAGGAGGAAGAGGAGGACGAGGACAGGGCCGCGGAAGAGCAGCUUCUCAAGUACGCUCCGGACCCGGUGGUGGUGCGAGGGUCCGGUCACGUCACUGUGUUUGGACUCAGUAACAAAUUUGAGUCAGAAUUUCCAUCAGCACUUACAGGAAAAGUGGCACCAGAGGAAUUCAAAGCCAGUAUCAACCGUGUAAACAGCUGCCUGAAGAAGACGCUGCCAGUGAACGUGCGGUGGCUCUUGUGUGGCUGCCUCUGCUGCUGUUGCACAUUGGGCUUCAGUUUGUGGCCUGUAAUCUGCCUCAGCAAGAGGACAAGAAGAUCUUUAGAGAAACUUCUGGAGUGGGAGAACACCAGACUUUACCACAAGUUAUGUUUGCAUUGGAUACUAAGCAAAAGGAAGUGUGAAACCAACAACAUGAUGGAAUAUGUAAUCCUAAUAGAGUUCUUACCUAAGAUCCCCAUCUUCAGACCGGACUAGCCCGCCAGCGGCUGAUGUUGAACCUCAACUGCUGCUCUGUCACAGAACCAGAAUGGCUGGCAAGCUCCUGAAUUUCCCCAAUAUUUAUGUUUACAGGGUAGCAUCGAUCCUCCCUCCUUAACCCGUUCUCCCGCACAUACCUUCUCUUCACCCUUGUUUACAAAUCCAGCAUCCCAACACUCGUUUUUGGAGCGAAUUCACCAUUGAACCAGCUGGCACACUGUUAAGCCAUGCUAACCGGCACCAGCCUGAGGGAUGUCGGGGGACAACCAGCCAUGGGGCAGCGUUAUGGAUUUUUGGAAAUCGAGCUGGAGAAUGGACUCUCAAAUUGAGUUCUCUGAGCUAUGACUGGAAUUGUAUCACUUGUAUGUUCCCUAACCUAAGCACAUGGCACAGUCAGACCAUGAUAAAACAAACACUUUCACAUGUUACCUACUGUCUCACCGCCAACCUCACCUGCAAAAAAAUACACCCGAGUGCUUUUGUAUCAGUUGGUUUGGUGCUGUAGACCAUUACUAGAGACUGUGAAGGUACAAUAACGCAGAACCUUAAAGGAACCUUCAUCCAAAUCAACUCUGUAGCGGACUGACUAGUCUCUCAGGAGCAUGUUGGGCUCGAUAAUGUCACUCCUCUUCUCAACUACCAGACAUCCUCUCGCCUCUUUUCCUACCACUGCACACUUCACUGUGCAUCGCCCCUAACCUAGUGACAAUCACACACUCUGACUGUACUCUCUGUAGUAUGAAUGGGUCUUUAUGCUACACAGUUUACCUGGAACAAUUUGUCUUCAACAUUAUGUGUGUCCAGGUUGAUGGGCUGUCUAGAAACUGCUUUCGAGUCGCAGUGGAACAAGUAAGCUGGAAAGAAAAGCCACUAAUGAUGAAGAGGCACCUUUUUUCUUUUCUUUUUUUAGUAUCUCACAGUUUGUUUACUGUUUUGGUGAAAGAGAAGCCGUUAAUGCUUGCAAAACUUUGCCAUAACUGAUCUUUGUUACUUUUGUUGUAGUAAUUUAUAAAUGCGCGAGUGCGUGUAAAUCUUUGCAUUUGUGAAAUGGGCCUCUGUUUUGUUUUUUGAAAAGGUUUACCAUGGUUUUUAUUCUUUUUUUUGUCUUCAUGGUCAUGUGUCAACACUAAAGCACACAAUCAGUCCUUAACACCUUCACAUGGCCUCUCUUCCUUAUCUGCUGACCGUGGCUUACGUAUAUGAGUGCUCAAAUUUAAGAAGAUUAACAAAAGGUUCCUCUGUUUUAAAUAUAAUCUGACUAAUUCAGAGGUCUGGGGUGACCAACAGUGUUAGGUAAUACCAGGGUUGUGUAUCAUGAAGAAGGAUUACUUAAAUCAGCUUGAUGAUUGCACCGAGUGAAACCAAACUACUCCCAUGUCAGGAACGUGGACUUUAAGCAUGCCGAUGUUCUUAGACCAAAGGCUCUGAUAAACCCCCUGUACACUUCCUGCUCAGCAUUACACAGUAGACGGACACAGUUAGUGACGAGAUAGUGAACAUAUUGGAGCGUUUUGCAACUAAAGAGCCAGAUAUUUCCCUCGGGAGUUUGAGACAAACAGAGCUAAAAGACUACAAAUGUUGGACUUAGGUUCAGCAGGUGGCUGGAAACACGACUCCAAAUAUAUGUGAAUGUUGCUCUGUGUCUACUGGAUGUGCAAAUAGGCAACUUUUUACUAACACGUUUUCAUUUGUUCAGUUAUCUAGCCAUCUAACAAUCCUGCUUCCUUAUAACGACCUAGGACUAUAUUUUUAAACUGUCAACAUUAUAUAUCAUAAAGCACAUACAAGUUUAAUGAAAUGUACAAACCAAUUCUCUAAAAAGGAGAUGGCAUAGAUUUAGCUUUUCCCACUCGGCACACCUCAUGAUUUGAUUGAACAAGGCCACUUUGUUUUAAGUCACACCGCUCCAGUGAUUGUAUGGGUCACACUCAGGGGAUUAUACUUAUGACAACAAAAUGUAGUAUUUGAAAAUCUCACUGUCGGGUAUGUUCCAAAGUUACACCAGGGGGUCAAGUAUACUAUACAGAUCACACAUUACUUGAAUCAUUGGGAAAUGAUACAUUUGGAGUUUGUUUUGUAAUUUAGAAACGCCCCUAAGAAAAACACAACCAACCUUUCUGUGGUCUUCCUGUUUCGAUAGUAAAGGAAGGAGAUAUUCGAUGGACCCACAAAGCUCAGAUAUUGUGUUGGUUUGUAUGUUAAAAUACACAAAUUCACUUGAUUACCACUGGGUUGCCUAUUGGUUCAUCCGUCACUUUUCUAUAUUUUUGGUUGUGGUCUGUUCUAUGUAAAUCAAGGCAUAAGGCCAUAUGCAGAUAUUUGUGGUGUGUGUGUGUGCGCGUGUAUGUGGGUACGUGCACGGUGUAUGCGGACGCAAAUGUUCUUCGUAGAUCUCAGACUGUGAUUGAACCCUGCGCAGAAAAUGAGUCCUUUUUUUAUAUAAUCUUGAGUGGUCUGUGUGUGUGUUUGUGUGUACGAGGGAGAGAAAGAUAUAUGUACAUAUGACUCGAGCAGAUGUACAGUAAUAAACUACCAAUAAACAAGGCUAUGGGCAUCCGCCAA